GGUUAACUGAUCUGGCUAUAUACCAACUCCGAGCUUGUUAUCUUCCUUCCUGUUGGAGCACAGUAUAAGAAUUAAGAGCAGGUAUCAUGGAAUAAACGCGUUGUGUUUUGAUUUUAGUCUGCGUCAAAGUCUUCAUUUUGUCUACACAGUGAUUCUGCAAUUUCUGAAUUUUUAAAAUGACACCAAACAAUAAGAAGGUGAAGAGAAAACGCGUGCAGUUAAGUGUGGUGCAGAAAUUAGAGCUAGUCGAGAAGUUGGAACAAGGCAUCUCAGCGAAGGAUAUUUGUAACAUGUAUGGCAUUCACCGAGGGACUCUCUCGAGAAUCAAGAAAUCAAAGCCCAAAUUACAAAAGUUUGCUUUAACACACAAUACUAAUACCUCUAAAUUACAUGCUUCUACAAUAGGGAAUAAAACGCGCAUGAAAUUUGGGCCAAAUAAAAAUUUAGAUAAUGCUCUGUAUAAGUGGUAUAAUCAACAGAGAUCCAGUGGUAUUACUGUUCGAAGUCCACAGUUGAGAUCGGAGUUUAAUGCUCUUGUAACACGUAUGAGACUCAGUAUCAAGAGUACUUCUGUAUGGCUGGUGAAUUUUAAAAAGAGACAUGACAUUAUGGAUUCUUUGCGCGAGGCACCCUGUAGUGAACCUUCAGAGUCAGAAAAGAAGAACAGUACCGAAAACAAAGUUAUUCCAGAAGAACUUAUAAAAGUUGAGAAUUUGCCUUCUUCGUCAUCUUCGCCUCCAACCUCUUCACCUCCAACUACUUCUACUCGUCACAACAUUUCUAAACUAAAUGCUUCAACAAUAAGGAAUAAAAAUUGCUUGAAACAUUGGACAAACGCAAAUUUAGAUAAAGCUCUGUAUAAGUGGUAUAAUCAACAAAGAUCCAGUGGUAUUAAUGUACAACAGCUCCAGUUGAGAUCGGAGUUUAAUGCUCUUGUAACACGUAUGAGGCUCAUUAUCAAGAAUACUUCUCAUUGGCUGAAGAAUUUUAAAACGAGACAUGGCAUUAUGGAUUCUUUGCGCGAGGCACCCUGUAGUGAACCUUCAGAGUCAGAAAAGAAAGAUAGUACCGAAGACAAAGUUAUUCCAGAAGAACGUAUAAAAGUUGAGAAUUUGCUUUCUUCGUCAUCUUCACCUCAAACUACCCCUACACCUACCAAAAAUUUCGGAGAAUCUGUAAAAGUUGAGAAUUUCUCUUCGGAAUCAUGUUCGUCUCCGACUGAUGUUUAUCAGAAUUACGUCUGGUCAGAAUAUGAUAUUAAAUCUGAAGGUUCCCUUUCACCUUGAGAUGAUAAAUCCUCAGAUGACAAAUAAUGACUCGCUAUCACUAUAGUUACAGCAAACUGUCUCUCUUCGACUACUUUGUUAAUGAACAAAGAAUAUUUAUAAUGGUAUAAUAUAACAAUUUUAUAAUGUAUAGUCCUGUGUAUCAUA